CAGCCCUCAGUGCUGAUCAUCGGCCUUGGUGCGCUCGGUGUGCUCUACGGCGCGCUUCUCUCGCGCGGCGGCGUGCGCGUGGUGGCCUACGCCCGCUCCACCGCCGCGCAGCUCGAGGGCGAGGGCAUCGAGCUGCGCAGUGCCAAGUUCGGCACCUUUACCUGGCGCCCGGCACGCGUCGUGCGCAGCGAUGCCGAGGCGCGCGCGGAGGCGUACGACUACAUUCUCACGACCUUCAAGCUCGUGCCCGAGCUGCGCACCAUCUCGUCGCUCAUCAAGCCCGUCGUCAAGCCUGGCUCGGCACCGGCGCUCGUGCUCGUGCAGAACGGCAUCCACGUCGAGCGCGAGCCGCAUGCGUCGCUGUGCGAGGGCGACGAGCCGGUGUGCUCGGCGCUCAUCAGCUGCUGUGCCUGGCUCGGCGCCACGCUCGUCGAUGGCGGGCGCGCCGUGGACCAUGGAGGCUUGGAGCGUCUGAUGAUCGGCCUGUAUCCCUCGGCCGAGCCUGGCGAGGACUCGCCGCGGACACGCGCGUGGAGGAAAUUUGUCGAGCUGUAUGCUGCGGGCGGAGGCGGCGCUGAGCGGGUGGAGAACGUGCAGGCGGUGCGCUGGCAAAAGGUGCUGUGGAAUGCAUGCUGGGGCGGCCUCUGCCUGCUCUCUCGCCAGCCUGUCUCCGCACUCCUGCAGCCCGACGCCAUCCGCUACUCUGCGCCCGUCGUGCGGGGCCUGAUGCAAGAGUGCAUGUCCGUUGCGCGAGCUGAAGGGCUGGGCGCCGAUGUGCUGCCCGAGACGAGCGUGGAGGAGGCGUUUGGUCUCACAUUCGAGGAGCGGCCAAUGAACCCCGAGCGCAAGGGCAAUCUCAAGGACACAUUCAAGCCGAGCAUCCUGAUGGAUCUGGAGGCCCAGCGGCCCAUGGAGCUCAGCGGCAUCGUGGGCAAUGUGGUGUCAUUGGCGCGCAGACACAAUCUCUCUACGCCGCGCCUCGACCUGCUCCUCGCAGCCAUCCGGCCCGCCCAGGUCGCGGCCGUCCGUGCGGCG